UCUUGUGUUAUUCGUCAGGGUCGUAAUGGCUUGGGUGCUAUUUACACUUUYGCAGCUGGGAACGGCGGCAUAGUUCGGGACAGCUGUGCCUAUAACGGYUAUGUUAACAGUAUUUACACAAUUGCAAUCAAUGGUGUGAACUUUGAUGGCACUAAUCCAGGUUAUGCAGAAGAGUGUCCAGGUAUCAUGGCUACGACUUACAGCGGAGAACAAUCGGGGGRAACAGGAAAAAUUAUAACUGCUGAUAACAAUAAUGGGUGUAUUGAUAACUUUGGAGGAACAUCAGCCGCAACAGCAAUGGCGUCUGGUCUCGUUGCGUUAACACUUGAAGCAAAUCCUCACUUAUCAUGGCGUGACGUGCAACAUAUAAUAGUAAGAAGUGCAAGAUCAGCACCAGGAGGUAUUCUACUCGAGAGGGGAGACUGGGUGGUGAACAAAGCUAAUUUAACCGUUAGCAAGUUUUAUGGGUUYGGCRUUAUGGAUGCAUUUAAGAUGGUGCAGUUGGCGAAGAAGUGGAAAACAGUGCCUUCGCAACAAAGAUGUGAGAUUAAGGGCCAUGAUGAUGAAAACAGGUUUGACUUUUUGUUAACUUUGUCCAUUUAAUUUACUCCAAGCAGUACUUGCUUAAWGUAUACGUUUACGACCAUUAUGUGCGCGAACUUUUAAAAUGACGCGGUCGCYUUACAGUAUAACACCGACAAACGAUGACACUUUCUGAAAGUAUCCAUGUCCAAUUCUCACGACCUGAAUGAACUCGUGAUGUCCAUAGUCAAGUUGCGAUCAACUCGUCUUAGUCUUAAGAAGAUAUAACUAGCUAAAAACU